UCGUGCUACUUAACUUUCAACCUUUCACCCUCCUGAGACCAGAGAAGAAGAUCGCUGCAUUCCGUCUGCUUCUGUGCUCUUCCAGUGGCGAGCGUGAUCGAAGGGCGGGAAGCAGCUCUCAUGGCGGCGUCCGAGAAGCAAGUGGUGGUGGUCGGAGUCGACGAGAGCGACUACGGCGUCCACGCGCUCGAGUGGACCAUCGACCACCUCUUCGCUCCCUCCAUGCCUGAUUAUCCGUUCAAGCUCAUCGUCGUCCACGCCAGGCCCUCCGCCGCCUCCACCGCCGGCCUCGUCGGGCCCGGAGCUGCUGAAGUAUUUCCGAUCGUGGAUGCCGAUUUGAAGAGGAGCGCCGCGAGACUUGUGCAAAAAGCCAAGGACCUUUGCGCGAGUAAAUCGGUUCAUGAUGUGACGAUUGAAGUGGUGGAAGGCGAUGCGAGGAACGUUCUUUGCGAUGCUGUACAAAAACAUAAUGCCUCGAUCCUCGUAGUCGGUAGUCAUGGUUAUGGAGCCAUAAAAAGGGCUGUCUUAGGUAGUGUGAGCGACUACUGUGCUCACCAUGCUCAUUGCACCGUGAUGAUCGUGAAGAAGCCCAAGGCUAAGCACUGAGUUCCCCUUUCCCGCUUCUGCAGAAUCUGUAAUUGUGGGGUUCGGGUGCUGUCAUGGUGUGCACACUGAUAUCUAGUUCUGUAUUCCGUAUGUGUAUGGUACUUCGGUUUGUAUUUUGUAAGUUGAAAUGGCAUUAGAUUUGUAUGCUGAAUUACCAUUAUGAAAGUACGGUUUGGAGAA